AUGGGUCAGAAGGACACUACAAACAUGGGUCAGAAGGACAUUACAAACAUGGGUCAGAAGGACACUACAAACAUGGGUCAGAAGGAAACUACAAGCUUGGGUCAGAAGGACACUACAAACAUGGGUCAGAAGGACACUACAAACAUGGGUCAGAAGGACACUACAAACAUGGGUCAGAAGGAAACUACAAACUUGGGUCAGAAGGACACUACAAACAUGGGUCAGAAGGGACUACAAACAUGGGUCAGAAGGACACUACAAACAUGGGUCAGAAGGACACUACAAACAUGGGUCAGAAGGGACUACAAACAUGGGUCAGAAGGACACUACAAACAUGGGUCAGAAGGACACUACAAACAUGGGUCAGAAGGGACUACAAACAUGGGUCAGAAGGACACGAUAAAUAUGGGUCAGAAGGACAUUACAAACAUGGGUCAGAAGGACAUUGUAAACUGGGUCAGAAGGACACUACAAACAUGGGUCAUAAGGACAUUGUAA